UCAGGAAGUAGAAGGAGUCAUUUACCUAUAAAAGAAUUCGGCAUCCACUCAACUGCUGCCUUUGUCUUCCCCCAAGCCUGCCUGAAAAUGUCAUACUCCGGCCAGGAGACUUACAACGAGGACCAAUCUGAGGAAAACUUGGAUGAAGAAGAAAGCGUGGUUUUAACGCUGGUCCCAUAUACUGAGGAGGAGCCAAUCACAGAAUAUCCUACGGAAUCAAAUGUUUCUUCAACUAUAGACCACAAACCACCAGCCUGUUCUCUGGUGAGGUAUGCAGGAAUCAAACACCCAACAAGGACCAUACCAAGCACCUGUCCUCCGCCCUCCUUGCCUCCUAUUAAUGAUGUGUCCCGGAACACUCUUCGGGAGUGGUGUCGUUAUCAUAACUUGAGUACGGAUGGCAAGAAGGUUGAGGUUUAUUUGAGACUUCGGAGACACUCGUAUUCUAAACAAGAAUGUUAUAUUCCCAACACAUCUCGGGAGGCCAGAAUGAAGCAGGGUCCCAAGAAAUCCACGUUAGUUUUCAGAGGAAUCGGGCCUCCAAGCAGCUGCCAAAGUCGGAAGCAGGAGCCUGGUGUCCUGGAAAUUCAAACUUCACCUCAGGGGUCCACAUUUGCAGCCUGGACAAGGAUUGCUAUGAGAGCUUCCCAGUCAAUGGCUAUGAAUCGACGCCCUCUUCCCUCUAAUGUAAAGGCCUUUCUGCCACAAGUCAAUGGAGAAUUCAGAUGGUGUGUUGUCCAUGGCAAGCAGCUCUCUGCAGAUAAGAAAGGCUGGGUUCGCCUGCAAUUUCUUGCUGGUCAGACCUGGGUUCCAGACACUCCCCAAAGGAUGAAUUUUCUCUUCCUGUUACCAGCCUGUGUUAUCCCAGAACCAGGAGUGGAAGAUAAUUUGCUAUGUCCUGACUGUGUUCACAGCAACAAGAAGAUCAUGAGAAACUUUACAACUAAAAGUAGAAGCCGUACAAAGGAAAAUGCCGUUGCUCAGGAUCCCCUGGAGACAUACCUGAGGACAUGGGUGUGGAUGUUUUUGAUAGUUUCCUAUCAAAAGGGACAGGUUGCCGUGAGCCGCCUUGUGGAUGGUGGAAAGAAGCAGGGCCUUUGCAAAGGUGUAGCUGCUCCACUUGAAGGUGCUAUGCCGACAUUUGUAGUAGACAUCAUCUAA